UUUUUUGCUAGAAUAACGCCUGUCUUUUCGCGCUACGCAGAAAGUUCCGUCCGUUGUCUAUUAUAGAGAUGGAAGCUCUUGGUGAUGUUGUUUCGUCCGUCAAAGGUCUGCGUGUUUCGACUAUGAACAAGGAAAACAUGACUCCCGGAAAAUCUGACGCAGUGAAGUCAAUAUCCGCCAAAGAGGAAAUCUCGAAACUCCCCGAUGUUGAGGUUGAGCCUUUGUUGCGAGAUAAUCCAAACCGAUUUGUUUUGUUCCCGAUACAGCAUCAUGACAUAUGGCAAAUGUACAAGAAAGCUGAAGCCUCCUUCUGGACUGCUGAAGAAGUAGAUCUUUCAAAGGAUUUCCAACAUUGGGAAAGUUUGAAGCCUGAGGAACGCGAAUUCAUCUCCCACAUUCUUGCUUUCUUUGCUGCAUCUGAUGGCAUCGUGAAUGAAAAUCUCGUUGAGCGCUUUGCUCAAGAAGUUACUGCUUCGGAAGCGCGUUGUUUCUAUGGUUUCCAAAUCGCUAUCGAGAACAUUCAUUCCGAGAUGUACUCGCUGCUCAUUGACACCUACAUCAAGGAUUCAAGUGAAAGGGACCGACUCUUCAACGCAAUUGAAACCAUGCCGUGCGUGAAGAAGAAGGCUGAUUGGGCUAUGCAUUGGAUCGGUAACAAGUCACCAUACGCAGAACGUGUUGUAGCUUUUGCCGCUGUCGAAGGGAUUUUCUUCUCUGGUAGUUUCGCCUCGAUUUUUUGGCUAAAGAAACGCGGUCUCAUGCCUGGGCUGACAUUCUCUAAUGAGCUGAUCUCUCGCGAUGAAGGCAUGCAUUGUGACUUCGCGUGUCUCAUGUUUAGAAAGCUUGUACGUAAACCGUCUAAAGCCCGUGUAACCCAAAUUAUUCAGGAAGCUGUCGAAAUUGAGAAGGAAUUUCUGACGGACGCGUUGCCUGUGCGAAUGAUUGGUAUGAAUUGUGAUCUCAUGGCUCAGUACAUCGAGUUUGUUGCUGAUCGGCUUCUUCUGGAGCUGGGUUGUCCUAAGGUGUUCAUGUCCGAAAAUCCGUUUGACUUCAUGGAAAACAUAUCGCUGGAAGGCAAAACGAAUUUCUUCGAGAAAAGAGUUGGAGAGUACAAAAAGUUUGGUGUUGCCGUGAGUGGAGAUGGCUCUGCGAAUUCCGGCGCCGGACUACAGAACAGGAAAUUUACUCUGGAUGAAGAUUUUUGAAAUAGUAUCAGGUGUACUCCGGAGCUCUCUACGAGUCUACGGUACAUUUUGGGUAUUGAAUCUGCGCAUUUGUCUAGAACCGAACUUGCGUGACUAAGCUUUGAUCAGUUGUCUCUUUUGACACUCAUGUUUGUGGUCAAUCUACUGAAGUCUCAUUCAAAAUACCGUGCCUUUGUCUAUAGAAUCCUUUCUGGUCCGUUGCAUUUUCUAGUUUUGUAUUGCUACUGUUCCAGAUUGUUGCAAUAAAGAUUUCAAAUCAAGG